CAGCACUGGGCUCAGCUCCUGCCUGCUCCCAGAUGAUAAUGGCGACAGGCGCAGGGCUGGGAUCUCUCCUCCACACAUAGGAUCCACUGGGCGCUGCGGGCACCGGGAUGGGCUUUCUUACCCCGGGAGCCGAUUCCUAGAAGCCCUUGAUCGGAGCCGGAUCCCGGGCGGUGGUGGAGGGAGCCCCCGAUCGGAUGAUACUAAAAUGUCGGAUAGCAAGGUGAAAGUGGCCGUCAGGGUCCGGCCCAUGAACCGGAGAGAGCUGGAUCUGAACACGAAAUGCAUUGUGGAGAUGGAAGGGAACCAGACGGUGCUGCACCCUAUACCUGCCAACAACAAGCAAGGAGGAGAGAGCAGAAAACCACCAAAGGUAUUUGCAUUCGAUUACUGCUUCUGGUCGAUGGAUGAGAAAAACACUGAAAAAUAUGCAGGUCAGGAAGUGGUUUUUAAGUGCCUUGGGGAGGGAAUUCUUGAUAAUGCCUUUCAGGGAUACAACGCAUGCAUUUUUGCAUACGGGCAAACAGGUUCAGGAAAGUCUUUCUCUAUGAUGGGGACAUCAGAUCAGCCUGGCUUGAUUCCACGGCUCUGUUGUGCUUUAUUCCUGAGGGCAACAAAUGAAGACAAUGACUCUCAGACCUUCAAAGUGGAAGUAUCCUAUAUGGAAAUUUACAACGAGAAGGUCCGAGAUCUUUUGGACCCUAAAGGAAACCGACAGUCCCUUAAAGUUAGGGAGCACAAGGUCUUGGGACCAUACGUUGAUGGUUUAUCCCAAUUAGCUGUAACUAAAUUUGAGGAUAUUGAAUCUUUAAUGUCUGAAGGAAAUAAAUCUCGUACUGUUGCUGCAACAAACAUGAAUGAAGAAAGCAGCCGAUCACAUGCUGUAUUUAACAUUAUUUUAACUCAGACUUUGUAUGACCAUCAGUCUGGUAACUCAGGAGAACGUGUCAGUAAGGUCAGCCUGGUAGAUCUGGCUGGCAGCGAGAGAGUAUCCAAAACCGGUGCUGCUGGAGAACGCCUCAAGGAAGGAAGUAACAUCAACAAGUCACUGACAACUUUGGGAUUGGUGAUAUCAUCAUUGGCUGAUCAAGCUGCUGGGAAAGGAAAGAACAAGUUUGUUCCUUACAGAGAUUCUGUACUCACGUGGCUACUUAAGGACAAUUUGGGAGGCAAUAGUAAAACCGCCAUGAUAGCAACUAUCAGCCCGGCAGCUGACAACUAUGAAGAGACACUUUCUACCUUACGGUAUGCUGAUCGGGCCAAAAGAAUAGUCAACCAUGCUGUGGUCAACGAGGAUCCCAAUGCCAGAGUUAUCAGAGAGCUUCGGGAAGAGGUGGAGAAACUGAAGGAGCAGCUCUCACAGGCAGAAUCUAUGAAGGCACCUGAAUUAAAGGAAAAAUUAGAAGAAUCUGAAAAAUUAAUCCGGGAACUAACCAUCACUUGGGAAGAAAAGUUGAGAAAAACAGAAGCCAUUGCUCAGGAGAGGCAUAAACAGCUGGAGAGCAUGGGCAUCUCUCUCCAGUCUUCUGGUAUUAAAGUUGGCGACGAUAAAUGUUACCUGGUAAACCUCAAUGCCGAUCCUGCACUUAAUGAACUGUUGGUCUAUUAUUUAAAGGACCACAACAGAGUGGGUGCUGACACAUCUCAGGAUAUACAGCUCUUUGGUAUUGGGAUUCAGGCUGAACAUUGUGUGAUAGAUAUGGCCUCCGAUGGGGAAAUUUCUCUUACGCCAAUAGAAAAUGCAAGGACAUGUGUAAAUGGGGUCCAGGUCUACUCUAAAACCCCCUUGUGGCACGGAGACCGAAUCCUUUGGGGUAACAACCACUUCUUCAGGCUCAACCUGCCAAAGAGAAAACGGAAAGAUUGGCUGAAGGAGUUUGAGAAGGAGACGAGCUGCGCCGAAAUUGAUCUUGAUGCUACAAGUGAAGCGUCCUCAGAACCGGACUAUAAUUAUGAGUUUGCACAGAUGGAAGUUAUAAUGAAGGCUUUAAACAGCAAUGAUCCUGUCCACAAUGUUGUCCAAGUCCUGGAGAAGCAGUAUUUAGAGGAGAAGAGGAAUGCCCUUGAAGAACAGCGUCUCAUGUAUGAACGAGAGCUUGAACAGCUACGACAGCAGCUUUCUCCCGAAAGACAACACCAGCACAGCAAUGAGCGGCUCUCCUACACGUCUCAGACAGCGCAGCAGAAAAUGAGCAUAUGGGCGGAAGAGAGGGAUGAGCUGUUCAGACAGAGCCUCUCUAAGCUCCGGGAGCAGAUAGUCAAGGCUAAUACCUUGGUGAGGGAAUCCAACUUUCUGGCAGAAGAGAUGAGCAAAUGCACAGACUAUCAAGUCACUCUUCAGAUCCCAGCAGUCAACCUCAGUGCCAACCGUAAGAGAGGGGCAAUAGUGAGCGAACCGGCCAUCCAAGUGAGACGAAAAUGUAAAGGCACUCAAGUCUGGUCUAUUGAAAAGUUAGAGAACAAACUCAUCGAUAUGAGGGAUGCUUACCAAGAAUGGAAGGAGAAGCCAGAUGAGAAUAAGAUGAUUAUUUAUAAGAAAGGAGACCCAUUUUAUGAAGCACAAGAAAAUCACAACCUUAUUGGUGUGGCAAAUGUAUUCCUAGAAUGUCUCUUUUAUGAUGUUAGACUUCUGUAUGCAGUGCCUAUCAUUAGCCAGCAGGGGGAGGUCGCAGGCCGACUUCACAUUGAGGUGAUGCGGGUUACUGGUGUUGUACCUGAAUGUUUAGCUGGUGAUGACUCCUCUGAGAAUUCAAGUGAAAGUGGUAGCUUCGAAAUCAUAGAUAAUAGCGGAGAAAUAAUCUAUCGGCCAAAAAGGCUGACAUGUCACGUUAAAAUAAAAGAAGCUACAGGCCUUCCAUUGAAUCUGUCAAACUUUGUGUUCUGUCAAUACACCUUCUGGGACCAGCCUGAGCCCACAGUAGCACCCCCUAUGGUCAAUCCAGAUAUGCCUUCACCUAGGAGUAAAGAAGCACAGUUUACUGUUAAAUUUGCACAUUCAAAGGAUUAUAUGGUCAAUAUUACAGAAGAGUUUUUGGAGUUUAUUUCUGAGGGUGCCCUUGCUAUUGAAGUCUGGGGUCAUCGCUGCGCUGGAAACGGAAGAUCGUUGUGGGAGAUCGAUUCUCUUCAUGCAAAAUCUAGAACGCUACGAGACAGAUGGAAUGAGGUGACUCGACUAAUAGAAUUGUGGAUAUCUAUAUAUGAGCUGAAUGAGAAUGGAGAAUACAUGUCGGUGGAGUUACACCAGGCCAAUGAUGUGAACACUGGUGGAGUAUUCCAGCUCCGACAGGGUCAUUCUCGAAGAGUCCAGGUGACUGUCAAACCUGUGCAGAAUUCUGGUACAUUGCCUCUAAUGGUCGAAGCCAUCCUUUCAGUCUCCAUUGGCUGCAUCACGGCCCGAUCAACUAAGCUGCAGAGAGGACUGGAUAGUUACCAGAAAGAUGAUGAUGUUGGUGGUGAUGAUGAUAUGGAUAGUUACCAGGAGGAGGAUUUGAAUUGUGUCCGUGACAGGUGGUCAGAUGCACUGAUAAAACGCAAAGAGUACCUGGACGAGCAUAUUCAGAAAAUCAUCAACAAACAAGAAAAGACUGAGGAUGACAUUGAGAGGGAAGCACGACUGGUCGAGCAGUGGGUUGGACUAACAGAAGAGAGGAAUGCAGUUUUAGUACCAGCUCCAGGGAGUGGCAUUCCUGGAGCUCCAGCAGACUGGACGCCACCAGCUGGAAUGGAGGCUCACAUACCAGUCCUCUUCCUAGAUCUUAAUGCUGAUGACCUGAGUGCCAAUGAACAACUUGUGGGCUCACAUGCAGCGGGUGUUAAUUCCAUAUUACCAAAGGAGCAUGGGAGUCAGUUUUACUACCUGCCAAUCAUCAAGCACAGCGAUGAAGAGGUCUCCGCCACUGCUUCUUGGGACUCUGCAAUCCAUGACUCAGUGCACUUGAACAGGAUAACUCCCCAGAAUGAGCGCAUCUAUCUCAUUGUGAAGGUCACAGUACAGCUAAGUCAUCCUGCUGCUAUGGAGCUGGUUCUCCGGAAAAGAAUUGCUGUCAAUGUGUAUAAUAAGCAGAGCUUUACGCAAAGCUUAAAACGAAGGAUGUCCAUAAAGAAUAUUCUGUAUACCAGCGGAGUAAGCUAUGAAAUUGUAUCCAACAUCCCAAAGGCAACAGAAGAGGCUGAAGACAGAGAAACGCUAGCUUUGAUGGCAGCAAGGAGUGAGUACGAAGCAACAUCUGAUGGAGAAACGUACAUUGAAAAAUAUACACGUGGUGUCCUGCAGGUGGAGAAUAUUCUAAGUUUGGAGAGAUUAAGGCAGGCAGUUACAGUGAAGGAAGCAAUUUCUAACAAGACUAAGCACAUCCGGAGAAGCCUGAGCACCCCCAAUAUGCAUAAUGUGUCAUCUAGUCGUUUGGAUCUGUCUGGCUGUGAUGAAGAUGACAAGGGAUGGACAGAAAACCAGCUGGAGGUCUCCGAAUACUCCUCUAGUUACAAAGAUGUAUCAAUCUAUGGAAGUCCGCUCAACGAGUCGCCCAGAAAAAGAGAAAGUGGAGGAGGUGCAGCACCCGAAAGCCCGCAGGCCUUAAUAUCAAGUCCAUUCAAAACAUUCUCUCCUCACCCACCCAAAUUUUUCAAGCCGUUAAUGCCUGUGAGAGAAGAGCAUAAAAGAAAGGUUCCUGUUGAAACCCAGCCAUUGCUUAGCCAAGAGAGCAUAUCUCCUCCACUGACAAAUAACACUGGCACUGAUGUGCCUUCUGGACCUAAUACCACCUGCAUGCCAGUACACACCAAUAAUCAUGAAGAUUCCAUUGAUUCAGAAGAAGAAGACCUUGAAUUGGAUCGAUCAAUCAAAAAAGAAAUGUGCUCCUCUGUUUUUCCCGAUUUCAAGCCUUAUGUGCCAGAGGAGUUUGCAGACUUCAGUAUUUACAAUGCUAGUUUGGAUAACAGGGACUGGAUAAAUUCCAAAGCUGAUUUUGUUUGUUCUCACUCUGUGGAUAAAGACAUUUCUCGGAGUCCUACCAACAGCAGUGUUACCAGUGGUUAUGUUUCACAUAGUGCUUCUAAUAUUACGCUCUCUGACAUUAUGGUUGCUUGUAGUGAAAGUAUGGAUCAGGUAACUAUCCAAGCAAGAGACUUGGAAAGCCAAGAGCACCAAGAACUUACUGGACAGCAGUCUGUACAAAAUUGCAACUCUUAUGCACAUAAAGAGACUAAUGACGACAGCUGUCACAAAAAUCCAACCAGCCAGUCAACCUUCACAGACGAAAGUGCCUUUUAUAAAGUGCCACUUUGCACUACUGAAAAUGAUGCUGCUGUAUUGUGUAGAAGUGUAUCUUCUUCUUCUAUGGACUGUGACAGAGGAAACUUUGUCAGCUUUUUACCCUGUGAGGUUGCGGUGGAACAUACUUGUGAUAUUUUGGAAGACCAUUCCUUUACAGAAUUCAUGGGAGUAGAAGAUGGAAAAGACUUUGAACAUCAUGAAGAUCCACACAUGUAUUCUUCUAAAGUAGAAAGUAAAGGAGUAAAUGUUCGAGAUUGUGACUCAAUAAAUGCAUCUGACCAGGAACCCUCAGAACAAAAACACAGAGAAACCACCUUAUGUUACAGUUCUCAGCGCUGCUCUUCUGAAAGCCAUUUGCCUGAAAAGAAUCAGCUAGAUCUUUCGGAUGAUUGUGAAGACACUUCACCCCAUACCCCACUAUGCCUUCUGUCCCUGGGUGACCAAGUAUGUAUUGGCGACAACAAGUUUGGAACAGUGCGAUACAUUGGCACCGUGGAUUUUUCCCGUGGUUUAUGGGUUGGUGUCGAGCUUCAUGUUCAGUUAGGCAAACACGAUGGCACGGUGAAAGGCAAAGAAUACUUCCGCUGCAAACCCAGAUACGGCGUGUUCGUCCGACCCAACCGGCUUACUAAAGCACUUGGCUCAAGCAAGAGAGACAACGGCAGCACUUUGCUGGCGCAGGCAUGCAACCCAGACAAGCGGAGGAGUGCUACAUUGAAAGGAUUCCCAUCACCCAGGACAAAAGACACGGCACAAUAUCCCUCUGGGAACGAAGCCGCAUCCGCUUUUUCCAGAAAGCAAGAGAACAGGAAAUCCUGGAUUAACUAAAAUGCUACCUUUGCACUUACUACAUACCCCUAUGUACAGACUCCUACGGACCGGUUAAAGAGAAAGCUAUUUUUGUACAGAUGUACAGUUUUAAUUCCCCUCCUUGGCCUAGGACUGAAUAUUCUUCUAACCGUUCUUAACAAAGCCUCUUAUUUAGUAUGUCUGCCUUGUAGGCGGGUGGUUUGCUGCACAGAAAAGCACGACUACAGGAUAGUAUGUAGAUACGAGACAGGUACAUGUCUUUUCUUAAAGGAUGACAGUGGCUUAUAUUUUAAUCCUAAAAAUAAUCCUAAAAAAUAAACUGAAUAUACAUAUCUGUACAGAAGGGCACUGUAAGCUGUUUCUUAUUACCAAAGAACAUGUGUUAGUAUGCCUUUUCACAAUGGAGGCAGCCAUUUUGUGGGUGGACCUAACACAUGAUAUGGACAGUGAAAGUGAGGGACAUGUUCCAUAUAACUCCUCGCUAUGAGGCCCUAGUUGGAGUGUUGGUCCAGGCCACAAAGAGACUGUCCUCAGCGAGUGUGGCGAUACCGCCUUGUGCUUUUGUAUUAGGGACGGUUGUUUAGUGGGCACAUUAAUGUAGUGACGGAAAUGAACACACCUUGUUGCCUUAUUUUUCUUCCAUCUUUUCUUUACAGCAGGCUCUGGAGAUCAGUGGUUAUACCGGCUUGGUGGCUGUAAAGACUGCGAGGACAUUAUUAUUGUGUGAGCAGAAGGGAGUGUCCAUGUUUUAGAGAGACACGAUUAAGAAAAUACUGGGAAAGUUAUGUGUUCCUCCAGUUCUGGAAGAAUUCCUAGACAGGACUUGCUUUAAAGGGCAUCUGUCAGCAGAUUUGUACCUAGGACACUGGCUGACCUGAUACAUGUGCACUUGGCAGCUGAAGGCAUCUGUGUUGGUCCCAUGUUCAUCUGUGCCCGCAUUGCUGAGAAAAAUUAUGUUUUAAUAUAUGCAAAUGAGCCUCUAGGAACUAGGGGGCCUUGCCAUUCCUUCUGGAGGCUCUGCUCUCUCUGCAACUGCCGUGCCCUUUCCACUUUAGCCAUAAAACCUGGCUCUAUUAAGAUAUUCACAAAGCAGAGCCUCUAGGUGUAAUGCCAACGCCCCCGUUGCUCCUAGAGGCUAAUUUGCUUAUAUUAAAACUUCAUUUUUCUCAGUAAUGCGGGCACAUAGGAA